AUGGACGAGAACGGAGAUCAAUGUAUGCAAGAUCAAAGGUCGAUAUGGAGGGAUAAAAAAAGACAACAGAGAAAAUCACUCACUCCAGAACAAAGAGAUCGUCAAAAAGCAAAAAGGCGACUCAGCUAUGCAUGUGAAAACCAAUCAGAUUUUAUAGGUACUCCUGAAAGCCAACCUCAAACUCCAAGUUCGGAAGGGCCUGUGAUUGUUACCAAUACUCCCAACACUUUGGGAGUUAGAAGGGCUAUGGCAGACAUCACAAAUCGUGCCCAUAAUGUCACGACUGGAUAUGAAAGGCGUGAAAUGCAACCUAUUGAUGAACUUCGUUUACUCGAUACUCGUGCAAAUCUAGAAAAUCGGUUUUUUAGUGUCGGUGAAAGUAGCGCCACCACUGUGACCAUCCCAGACCCAACAUCAAACUCAAGCGGCAUGCGCAAUCGAUUCUUUUGUGUUGGCGAGAGAAGUACAACCAAUGUACGUAUACCAUACCCUACUUCAGACGAUGGGGAAUUGCCGCGCUUUGUUGAGGCGGAAAAUGAAAUACGCAUGCCUGGCAUAUUAUUCAAUGUCGGUGAAAGUCGUGCAAUCGGCACCAACAACAUAUCAAACCCCAUUUCUGAUGAUAUAAGGGUCUGGAAAGUAGGGAGAACUGGUUAUAGAAAUUGUGCAAGAAAUUACCAAGAGAGUCAAGGGGUUCCUAUAUUCAGUUUGCCACCCAUGAAAACAUGUCCGCAUUGCCAAGCACGACUUUUCCAUUGUGAAUCUCCUGAACUAUGUUGCUUAAGUGGGAAGGUGAACUUACCUGAUUUUCCAUUAUCCUCUGAUAUGCUUGAUUUAUAUUCUGAUCAAUGGGAAUAUGGAGCUCAUUUUAGGCAAAACAUCCGUAAGUACAACCACGUCUUUUCAUUCACUUCAAUGGGAGUUCAUUUAGAUGACGAACUAGCAAAUGCACGUCAAGGCGUUUACACAUUCCGUGCACAAGCAGAGAAUUCAUCAUUACGCCUCGAUGUCAUCGACAGAAUCAAGAAUAUUUUGAAUGCUCAUAAUCCUUUUGUCCACAAUCUCCGCCAUCUUACUCAGCGUAGUGACUUAAGUGAUUACAAAUUUGUCAUCAAAGAGCAACCUAUAAAUAAACAUCAAUACUCGAUGCCGACAGCUUCGCAAGUAGCAGCAGUUGUCGUUGGAGGUGAUGACAUUUCCAACUUGAAGGAUAGGGACAUCAUGGUAGAGUCAGUAACUGGGCAACUAAGUUAUAUCAAAGACACUGCUGGUUAUUAUGACCCACUGCAGUAUCCUCUACUGUUCCCUUAUGGUUCUUACGGCUGGGAUUUAAACAGUCGAAGUUCCACUGGUAAAAAGUUGACGUGCCGGGAAUUCUAUGCAUACAUGUUUCAGAUGCGGCAACAUCUUGAUUCUCUAAUCUUAAGAGGCGGUCGUCUACUGCAACAAUUUGUUGUCGAUAACUGUGUCAAAAUGCAAGCCAAUAAUUUGAGGUGGAUUGCACUCAACCAAGAUAAGAUACGUGCUGAUUUAAAAUGUUGGACGACGGACCAUACUACCGUCUUCAUUCGUUGGAAGUCCAAGAGAUAUGCACCAGAGAUACAAUCAGAAUUGUUGGCCGGACAAGUUCCAAACGAUCGUCCAGAUCUGCUGACACGGGUUUUUCAUGCUAAACUUGAAGAGUUGAAAAAGGAUGUUCUAGAAAGGGGCGUCCUCGGAACGGUUGUUGCUUAUGUAUAUGUGAUUGAAUUCCAAAAGAGGGGUCUUCCACAUGUUCAUAUGUUAUUAAUUCUUGAUCAAAAUGACAAGCUAACCACUCCGGAUGACUUUGAUAAGAUUGUGAGAGCAGUGAUUCCUGAUGAACAACAAGAACCAAAAUUGUAUAAGGCAGUUCUUAAACACAUGAUUCAUGGCCCAUGUGGUGUUCUCAACCACAAAUCCCCGUGUAUGAAACAAGGAAGUUGUAAGAAAGGAUUCCCUAAGGAAUUCUCCAAUGAUACAAAGCAAGGCAAUGACUCAUAUCCUCUUUACCGCCGUCCACAAAAUCGUCCAGCAGUACCGUUGCGUGAGAAUUCACGAGUUCGUGUAGAUAAUCGGUGGGUAGUCCCAUAUAAUCCACUUUUGCUCUUAAAGUACGAUUGUCACAUCAAUAUUGAGAUAUGCAGCAGCAUCAAGUGUGUCAAAUAUCUGUAUAAGUACAUCCAUAAGGGUUCAGAUAGAGUUUCAAUGGAAGUUCAUAAAGGAGAUGAGAUUGCACAAUAUGUCGAUGCACGGUGGAUUUGUACACCCGAAGCUAUGUGGAAACUUUACAAAUUCCCCAUGACUAGAAUCUGUCCUGCCGUAGAUCGUUUGCAGGUUCAUUUGCCAAACAUGCAUCAAGUGAGGUUCGAAGGGAACCAGCAAAUCUCAAGCGUGUUAGCGAACCCAAAAAACUCUAAGACGAUGCUCACUGAAUUUUUCAAGAUGAAUUCAGUCGAUCAAAAUGCAAGGAAAUAUCUUUAUCGAGAAUUUCCUGAGCAUUACAGAAGGUUAACGAGUUCACGUGAACGGCAGAAGAGAAAAAGUACACAACGAGUUAUGGGUCGAUUGUAUGUAGCUUCACCAUUGGAAGGAGAACGAUUUUAUUUGAGAAUGUUACUCAAUCAUAUUUCAACGUAUAAGAUUUCAACAGUGAAGAAUUUAAUUGGGGUUUGA